AUGGGAACCGAUGAAGAAAUCUUGAAGAAUUCGAAAAAAUUGGAUUCAUCGAGUCCCCUUAGUUUGACUACACCGUGUCUUACCGAUGAACUCGACUGGUCGCUAAAUCUUAACGAUUUCGAACUGAGUCUUCUCCAUGAUUUUAUUAGGGAUGGGAGUUCUCCUCCUCCCGAUGAUGAAACCCUUGCCGUAAUUUCCACAAGUGUCGAGUUAUCCACAGCACCACCACAACACCAUUCAAAAUCGCCGGAGAAUUCACCAAAUUUACCGGCCAUGGCCGCAACUCAUCCCGAGGUGGUUUCUGGUGGAAAGGAUCGCCGAGCUGCGACGCUAGAUAAGGACACUUUUCCUCCAUCGCUUCCGGGGAGGAGGUACAGAGGGGUUAGGCCACAGAAGGGGGGAAAGUUCUCGGCUGAGAUAAAAUUACGAAACCCGGGGAAGAAAGCUAAGAACAUGUGGCUGGGGACGUACAAUACAGUGGAGGAAGCCGCCAUGGCCUUCGAUAAAGCAGCUGUAAAGUACCGUGGAUUAGGCGCCGUGCUUAACUUCCCGGAAUUAAUUGGAACCCACGAUCAAAGCCCUGAGAAUAUUCCACAAAGAAAAGCUCGCCGUCGCCGUCGCCGAAGUCGGAGAGUUUGUCGUUGGCUCCGUCGCAGGAAUCCUCAACCACCUGAAAGAGGAGACACUGUACAUGCAAAAUAG